AUGUUUAAUUUCACGCGUUUUGCUGCGACUUCUGUCGUUGGCGGCCUGAGUGCGAUGGUUCUAAAGAAACAGGAUGUUCUAAAUUCCUUAACGCUGCAUGCAGCUGACAACAAGGAGCCGUGUUAUGUUGGCGAUGUGAUUAAGAAACGAGUUGGAUUUCCUCAGCCAACGGCUUGCUGUAAGCCGCUGAGGUUCAAGGACUUCAUCGUAUCCUAUGACUCCAAGAAUCGAAUCCCUAACUGGGUUUACGAACAUCUUCAAUAUGAUAAGCUGUUCAAGGAUGAUCCUUGCGAUCGAAGAAUCAAAGUUGAGCGUACGCAAUGUGCCAGCAAUGAAGACAAGGAGAGGCCUAAAUUCACUCCCGACUGUCGAAUCCAUGGUUACCAUCGAGCUGAUGCCAAGGAUUAUUGCGAGACGGAGUACGAAAUGGGUCUCAUGGCACAACCAGAGAACUAUCCCUAUGAUGCUGAAUCAUUCUGUGAAUGUUUCACCAUGACUAACAUCGUGCCACAGGUUCCUGGGUUCAACUGUGGUGCCUGGUUUGAUUUGGAAUGUUACAUUAGGGAGAAACUAGUGCGAGAAAACAAAGGAGUCUAUGUCUGCUCUGGGCCAUUGUUCCUUCCAAUAGUGGAAGAUGACAAGACUAUUAAACAAUUUGAUGUACUUGGUGAUGGUGAAGUCUCAGUGCCGACUCACUUUUUCAAGGUGAUUGUUAUCGAAACCAACGAUGGCCAACUAGAACUGGAGUCUUACAUGAUGCCAAACACGGCUCCUGAUGAAGGUGAGGAAAUAAAACUGGAGGACUUCCUGACACCACUUUGCCAGAUUGAACACCACUCAGGCCUGAUCUUUUUCCCAGAGAAGAAAUGUUUCAGCAGCAACAACAGGAGGAGAGGCGCCCGGCUGCAUGCUCUCUAA